UCACUUUUGUGGGGUUAAAUUCAGAUAAUCUCUUUUCGGUAAAUUUAGGGGUACACGUUCAAAUAAUAGAUUUGAUUGGUAUCGAUUUUGUUAAGAAAGCUGGUGAAAAGACUCUUCUUUCAGUCUAAAGAAGUCAGUAAAAGUUUGAAAUGGAUGCGUUAAUAGAUGAAGUAGAAUCUCUAGAAGCUAUAUUAAUGGAUGAUGUGAAAAUAACAAGAAAUUCAGAAAGCGGUCUGCCAGAACUUAUUGAAACUACUGUAUUUCCCCAAGUUGGAGACGAAGCUGAACAAUACAUAUGUGUGACUCUUCAAGUAAGCCCAUCAUCGGAUUAUCCUGAAACAAGUCCUCAUUACAAACUAUUAAGGCCACGAGGCUUAGAUGAUGAACGUUUGGAAGAAAUUAAACAUGCAUGUAACGAAAAAUUGGAAGAAUCUGUUGGCUUUCCGGUAGUGUUUGAUUUAAUUGAAGUGGUUCGGGAGCAUUUAACUGGAAGUAACUUACCCAGUGGGCAAUGCGUUGUUUGUCUAUAUGGAUUUAGUGAUGGUGAUGAAUUUACUCGCACAGAAUGUUUUCAUUACUUACAUAGUUAUUGUUUGGGACGACAUUUAAAUGCAUUACGACGAACGUAUAAAGAAGAAUAUGACAAGUUGCCAAGUUGGCUCCAAAAAACUGUCGAUCCUUUUCAAGCUCUAUGUCCCGUAUGCAGAGAGCCCAUUAAAGAUGAAGAGGAUAGUUUGCGUUGUGCCAUGCCUCCAUCGGAAUUGGAAAAAGCCCCAGAAUUCAAGUUAACACACGAACUUCGGGAUCUUCAACAACGCAUGUCGGCUUUAUUUUUAAAGCAAAAAAAUAAAGGGGGGAUUAUUGACGUAGAUGCGGAAAGUGGAACAGUGAUAUCAAUCGAAAGUGAGGACGAGAUAAGAAUACGAUUGCAAAGUAAAAAAACAUUUGACGAUAAAAGUAACACGGAGAACAUUUCUGCAGAAAAAGAUGUGCUAAACAUUGAAGGAAGUGGAGCCGUUGGAGGGCGUAAGAAUAAUUCUACAAAAUCAUUGUUUUCUGAUCAAAGGGAACCAACUUGUUCUAAAUCUUCAGGCACUACAACUUAUGAAACCGGUGCGCAUGACACAAAUAGAAUGAGUAGUGAACCCACUAACAACAAUUAUCAUCACAAUCGCCGCCAUUAUCGAGGUGGUAGGCGUCAUCAACAACAUCACCACCAUUAUCGCGGUGAACGGGAACGAGACCGUGAUCGAGGCAGUGAAAACGAUGGGCCUAAUGCAAACGCAUCUUCAUCCACUGGUGGUAAACAGGCAAAGGCUCAGAUGGCCAACAAUAUCCAUGGCAGGUGACGAUUAGUUCAAGUUAAGAUAAAGCAUUAUUGCGGAUCUAAAAUUUCUAAAUAUAAUUCGUCAAGUUGUAAGCAGUUCGAUGAGAAUGCGUUUGGUAUUUGUUGUACCGACAUAUUUGGCAAACAGCUUCUAUAUACUUAACCACAGCAGGUUUGACAUAUAACUGAGAUUUGGUUUAUCUUCUAUGCUAUUGAGGUUGAGUUGAUCUCAAGAUUGUUUACCGAUAUACUUUCUGUGUAUAUAACUGAUAGAGUUAAGCGAAGUUCACUAUUAUAUUGCGCAACUUUGAUAUUAAUUUUUGAAUUAGUACGGAAUUUCUUUAAGUUUUACAGUAGUUACAUUAACGCACACUUAAUAUACAUUUACAAAAUCAUAUUAGAUAUUAGUUCUAACUAAGUGCAAAUAUUUAGGGUAAAACACUACAACUUGAAUUAUUAUUAUUUUUUUAUAUAUUAUAAUAUAACAAUAUUAAUAUUUUAAUAAAAUUGGGUAAAGUUAACCUAACCACAUAUCUUCCACUGUUAUUAUCAAUAUUGUUUGUCCGAAAGAUAAAGCAAAAUCAAUAACAUGAUAACCAUGGAAUUCCAUUAGGACAAUUUGGAUAGUAAAAUUUGUGUUCCCGACACAAAAUUAAAAAAAAUAUAUAUGUAUCUUUAAAACUUCUUUUACAAACCAUGAAGUUAGCCUUAAGAUUUGAAGGAGAGGGUUUAUUCAUUAAACAAUACCUACUUAUUUACAUACAUAGAUAAGACAUGGAUGUUCUUUAAAUACAUUCAUUCUUACAAAUUCUAUACAAGAUUCUUAGUAAUAUUGAACGCAAAGAGCUGAUAAAUAGAAACUAUCAAUAUUAUAAGAACUUAUUCGAAAAAUCUUAAAAUAUCCCUUCUUAAUUGAUACAAUAUAAUUCAUGUUCUUUUGAUUUGUACAAACAUUUCAUUUCGAACAAAUCAAAACAACAGAAUGAACGAAUCCAUCUCAUUGGAGUUAAGUCUAAGUAGUGGACCAACUUGAAAACAGUAAAAAUAGUAUAAAGUUCAUGUUUUGUUGCAAUAGUAUUCACCGCCUCUUUUUCUGAUUUGUCCAUAGUUUUAUUUUUUGAUUUAUAAAUACUUGUGUAAUAAACAGAAAAUUAAAACAACAUAAUAUUAUCUAAAUUAGUAUAAUAAAAUGAAGGUUUAGGAUCAAAAGUCUCUCAGUUGCAAACCACAUUAUUAUUUUAAGGUCAUAAAUUAUCUUAAAAUGAACUACUUCUCAUUUAUCCAUGCUUUCUUUCUCGAACAUAACAAUUACAAAUGCAUCUAUCUUAGGGGAAUGAUGAGAUAUACUUAUCUACUUCUUACUUUUAAAAAGAUAAGUAAAAUUCUGAUGAAUUGUUACAUUUUCAUUACAUAUAGACAUGAACUUAUGUCAAGAAAUCGUCGAUUGUUGUUUUAUGGUAUGGAUAUUUUAAAAAGAAAUUAAAAUGUGUGUGUGCAUAUUUAUACUAAAGGUAACCAUAUGUUUAAAAACUUCGUCAUAACUAGUAAAUGGUAAUUGUUUUCUACCUGUGUUUAUGUAAAUUAUAUCCUAGCGACAGAAAUAUAACGAAAAGUUCUAGAGACAUAUAAUAUCUUGUAAGAUGUAUUUUUAAAUGUAUUACAAAGAUAGAGCCUAAAUAAAAGUAUAAAUGUAUUCAGUUUCUUAAGCAGACGCUGUUAUAAUGUCAUUAUUAUAAAUAGCUCGCUUAAUAUUAAUAAAUAAAUUGAAUCUCCCAAAGCAGAA